UUGGUUUGAUUUGCUUAACAGAGAGGUGCAAAAGGAACGAGCGUUCUCUAAUGUCUAUUGUUUGAUUUGAUUCUCCAAACAUUUUCAUUAAAAAACAAUACCCAAUCGAAAAGAGUAAGGAAACCUCGAAUCCAACUCAUCCACACAGCUGCUUGUUUUUUCUUCAUCACUCACUUUAAAUCAUUAGUCGCCGCCCUUUUGAAAAUCUCUUCUUCUUCUUCUCUGAUCACGGGACUUUUCUCCCUCCUGGGAAAGAAUACUUGGGCAAUGAUUCAACCCAUGUCAAUUUUAUUUGUUGAGUUGUGAAGAAUUUGUGUUUGCUUGAAUCUACUUGAGUAUCUUCAGAAAACCCAAUUUGUGGAUUUGAGGCUUCUCAUCUUUGUCGCAAUGGAGCAGCUACCGGUUGAAGUCAUUGGAAACAUUUUGUCUCGAUUUGGAGGUGCCCGGGAUGUGAUUAUAGCCUCAACAACAUGUAAAAAAUGGCGAGAAGCUUGUCGGAAACACCUUCACGCCCUAUCAUUUAACUCUAAUGAUUUUCCUCCUUAUCGUGACAUUACGCCUAGACAAUUAGAGAUCCUGAUUACUCAAACAAUAUUCCAAACUACCGGAUUGCAAGGCCUAUCGGUUUUGAUAGAUGAUGUUGCUGAGUUCCCGGCUUCAACCGUUAUUGCUUGGCUUAUGUAUACCAGGGAAACCUUACGCCGGUUGUUUUACAAUGUCCGGACUAGUCCACAUGUUAACAUCCUUGAAAUUUGUGGGAGGCAAAAGAUGGAAAUUUUGGCACUAGCCCACAAUUCAAUAACAGGAGUUGAACCUAAUUUUCAGAGAUUCCCUUGUUUAAAGUCCCUCUCUCCGAGUCAUGUUAGUAUUUCAGCUUUGGAUUUGAAUCUUUUGCUCACUGCAUGUCCGAAGCUUGAGAGCCUAGAACUUAUUAGUCCAGAGAUAGCGAUGUCAGAUGCUCAAGUGACAGUGGAAUUGAGCAGCCCUACGUUAAAGAGUAUUUAUGUUGAAGCGAUUAGUUUGGAUAAAUUUAUGCUGGAGGCGGAUAGUAUCGAGCGCUUACACUUGAGGGAUUGUGCCCUUGAACUUUUUGAACUGAUUGGGAAAGGUACUUUGAAAUAUUUUAAGAUUGAUGAUGUUAGCGUGAUACAUCUCGACAUUGGUGAGAAUAUCAAUGAUCUCGAGGUAGUUGAUGUUAGUAACUUCACAAUUAUCUGGCCAAAAUUCUAUCAGAUGAUUUCAGGAUCCUUGAGAUUGAAGAAGCUUCGGCUUUGGGAUGUGGCCUUUGAUGAUGAAGACGAGGUUGUGGACUUGGAAACAAUUGCUAUUUGUUUUCCACAGUUGAACCACCUUGCAUUAAGUUAUGAAUUGAGAGAUGGUGUAAUGCAUUAUGGCCUCGAAGGGUCUUCUAAUUUGGAGAAUGUUACAGUGCUAGAGCUCGGAUGGACUGUAAUUAAUGAUCUCUUUUCGCAUUGGGUUGAGGAUCUACUAGAACGGUGCCCAAAUCUUAGAAAAAUCAUUAUUUUUGGAUCUAUCUCCGAAUCCAAGUCGCAUGAAGAAUGCCAAAUAUUGGCCAAUUUCACCUCAUCUAUUGUUCGGUUAAUGAGGAAAUAUAUGAAUGUAGAGGUGCAGUUUGAAUAUGAGUAACAUUUUCUCAGUUGAUUUAUGAAUUUUAUGAGCAGAUAUGAAGGUAAGAUUCACAUAUUGCUUGAAUUUCUUCAGUUUGGUUAAAAGGUAUACGCAAAUGGAAGAAUAUCGUUAACA